UGGUGCUGAGCGCGCAGCUCGGUAUCGGGCGCGGCUCCCAGACCUGCCAAGACCGCAUACCGCGACACUCCCGGCCUUAGCGCAGCAGGGACACUGCAGCAUGGAGCUGAAGAGAGGAAAGACCUUCAUCAAAUCUAGCCUGCAGAUUGACCAUGAGAAACCUCCAGACCCAGCAGCGACUGCCCUGACCACAGAGGAUGCAAUCUCACUGGGAGGGCAGCAGCUACCCCACAGUGAGAGGGGCCCCCAGGUCAGUCCCAGCAGCCAAGGAUACAACAGAUGCUCUGAUCGGGAAGCCCAGCCAGACACCAGUGGAGGGCCUGCAGCUCUCUGUGGGGCCACCUUCAAACUGGCUCGGAAGAGCAAGAAUCACAACAUUGUGCCCAGGGCUGACAGGGCAGCCACGGCUACAGGGCAGUUGGUGGGCAGCGCAAGUUUCCCAGGGCCCCCCAGCAGCCAGCGCAUGAUUGACUACCGCCACUUUGUGCCCCAGAUGCCCUUCGUACCAGCUGUGGCCAAGAGCAUGCCAAGGAAGAGGAUUUCCCUGAAACGACCCAAGAAGUGCUUUCGUAACCUAUUCCACAUCCGCAGAAACAAGACUGAGAAUUUGCCCUCACGGGCAACUGAGGGGCAGGGCUUGUCUUCUCCCAAGGGCCCAUCAGAGACUGGAGGGCAUCGAGGCAUAGCCUUCCUCCCCUUGGGCGAGGAACUGGGACUGGAUGGCCAGUGCCAGGACCUGUCUGACAGUGAGUUCCUGCCCGACUCUUCCUUUGACCUCUGCAGGGCCCUGUGUGAGGACGUGGCCUCACUGAAGAGCUUUGACUCACUCACAGGCUGUGGGGAGAUCUUUGCAGAUGAGAGCUCAGUGCCAUCCCUGGAGCUGAACGAGGGCCUGGCAAGCCCUGCCCAGAGAUCACAGACCUCUGACAGCAAGACUCCCAGGGGCCCCUUCCAAGGCAGCAUAGAGCAGCUGGCAUCGCCAGCUCAGAAUGAGAUGUCUGACUUUGCCAAGUUCUGGGACCAUGUGAAUCACUCGGUGAGGCAGCAGCAGCACGCCCUGCUAGGCCCGAGGCUGGGAGGCCCCCAGGCGUCAGACACAGCUCAGCCCAGGCCAGAUGCAGCUGGGCUGGCUGAGCUCCCCCUGUGCCCAUGCAGGGAUCCCCACAGCAGCUCCAAAGCCAGCUCUGUGGACACAGGAACCCCAAAGAGUGAGCGGCCGGAGUCUGUGUCUACGAGCGACGAGGGCUACUAUGACUCCUUCUCACCAGGCCUCGAGGAGGAUAAGAAGGAGGCCCCAAGCCCAGGCACACCCACAGCCACCUUCCCCCGGGACAGCUACAGUGGAGACGCCCUCUAUGAGCUCUUCUAUGACCCCGCUGAGGGCCCUGGGAGUCCGAGCCUGGAUGAUGACUUGUGCGUGUCUGAGAGUCUAUCAGGGCCUGCAGUGGGAGCCCCCUUGUCCAUGUGCAGCUUCCGUGUUGGGGCAGAGGAGAACCUGGCUCCCGUUCCAGGCCCAGACCUGCUCAACCAGGGCUUCUUGCAGAGCUCUUGGAGGGGCAGAGAGUGCCUGCUGAAGCUCUGUGACACCGAACUGGCCAUCACCAUGGGCAUCAUCAACUGGCUCCGCCGGGGCCCGGAGCUCCGCGCCGCGCCUGCCUCAGCUCUCAGAGAGCCGACAGCUCCCUCGGGAGGACUGGUGGAGAAACCAGGAGCUGGCUCUGAGAAGAUGGGCCUAGGUCCAGUGAAACUGGAUGGCAGGGGAACCCAGGCUUUAGAUGCAGGUAGGAUCUCUACGAGCUCUGCACCCAACAGGAAGGAGCUGUGGGCAUGUUCAAGUCCCAAGGGCCUGCUUGCUGGAGUGAGCAAGGUCCUAGCCGGGGCCACACAGGAGACCAGGUCUUCAUCCUGUGAUCCCUCUCUGGAGUGUGUGCAGGUCUCUGGGGAACAAGGAACACCAGGCCACCCUGAAGGCUCUUUCUCCUCUGUAGGGUCUGAAGCCACCAUGGCAACCAACACAUCCAGGAAAAACAAGGUCCCAAACCCAUCUGUCUGGCCUGGCUCCCAGGAGCCCAGGCUGCCUAGGAACCGCGGGUGUUUCCAAGGUCCCUGGAGGCCAGGUCCUGGGGGAAGCACCAUGGAUUCAAAACUUACCCUGACAGACUGUGUGGCCCAGGUGGAAGCCCUACAGAUCAACCCAGACUGCCAGUCCCCUGCUGCUCAGCCCCCAAGACAAAACACAGGUAGUGGGCUCUGCGGGAACCCUCAGGCUGGGGGCCCUGACGUUCUGCAACAGAAACAGCCUAAUGGCUUCCCUAACCUGGCUGCCAUCUGUAGCCUGCCCUCCCUGGCCAACCCACUCCACAUCCCACAGGACCAGAGAUGCCCAGGCAGCAUUCUGGACCUGAGUCAGCUCAGGGAGGAGCCUGCCACGCUGAAUGUCCAGGCCCAUGUCUCUAUGGAGGGCCGGCCCCUGCAGUUCAACUCAAGGGCUAUGGAGCAGGCUGCACAGAGGGGCCAGCUGGACUUGUAG